AUGGCGUUUAGAGGGAGGGAAAUGAUGAAUAAAGUGCUGAGGAAAGUAGGAGGCAAGGAUUUGCCGCCUGCAAUCAAGGGAGCCCUGAAGAAAGCCAUACCUGAUCGAAAGGUGGUGAUGGGCAGAGCUCAGCGCGGUCUGUUUGCUGGCAAACAUAUUCAAUUCGGCAACCAGAUCAGCGAAGAUGGUGGAAACAAAUCGAAGAGAAACUGGAAGCCGAAUGUCCAAGAGAAGAGGCUAUUCAGCUACAUCCUCGACCGCCACAUCCGAGUGAAGGUCACCACACAUGCCAUCCGUUGCAUAGACAAGGCAGGAGGGAUCGACGAGUAUCUGCUCAAGACGCCGUAUCAGAAGAUGGACACAGAGAUGGGACUCUUCUGGAAGGCCAAGAUAGAGAAGAAGUACGAGGACCUCGGGAACUCGGAUGUGGUCUUCUUCUCGCCCGAAGACGAGGAGAAGUUUGCACAGGGUUUCAGCGACAUGAAGCUGUCUGAACGUGAUGCUAGAAAGGAGUUCAGAAGGCAACUGUACUCCGAGUUUGCAAAGCAGAAGAAGGCCGCUGAAGGCAAAGCUCGCGUUAGUUACAUACUGGCUACCUCGGACACAGCUCCUGGAAAGUUGAUUGCCAACAGAUGA